AUGGCAAGUACAUGUAGGCACUUAGCGACAAACAAGAGGAAAUCAUCGCGCAAGCUCAUGCACAACUUAACAAAGCCCCUUAUAGAAGUCAAUACAAUCGAUCAACCACAAGAGUUUCUCAACACAGGAAUGGAGUUAAAACGAAAUGAAGAAUACAAGGUAACCUUACUGAUACACAGUGGUCUUCCUAAUCCUGUUUGGUGGGUUAAACCUGAUCAUGGGAAGUUCAAGGAACUGAAAAAGCUUCAUUUCGACGCCAGAGCAACAGGCAACACCCACCGUCACGAGCAUAUUCCUGCCAUUCUCGGAUAUAAAGGUUUCCUACUACACCACCCAGAUUCUGAGCGUGCGGAAUUGAUUCUGGGCAGGGAGACGACUUCUCUUCAAAAGCUGCUGUUUGGCACCAUGCCAAGAGAGGCGAUUCAUCGUAAUUUGCACCAGACCCUAUCGAAGGCCAUCGAUUCUGGAGCCGUCUCUGCCAUCCGUGCCCGCCCGGCCCCAACCGUCGGGGAAGGUGCAAUACAGCAUUAUGCACCUGAAUACCAUCCUGACAGGUGGAAUGAGUACGACAUAAUCCGCCGGCAUAACAACUGCUACAACUACGCAAAUCAAAAAAUCACCAACACUUUUGCUCAGCCUGGUAGAGCCAGCGGCCAUCCUAUCCCGCCGGGCGCUUUAACUCCAGAAAACACCUUGGCAAGUGCUGAAAGUGAUGGUUUAGUAAAAAUGGAUGUGCCUCCAACUGCUCCUGUACCAGAAGCACCAGAACAGCCCAACUGUCUGGUGGCAUUAGUGGUUGCCCCAGAUGUAGAUUACCACUGGUAUCGCUUGGAUAACACAGGAUUUUGGUCCCACAAGCCUGGACAGACUCCUGUGACUGAUGUGGAUGGAGCUGGAAACAAGAUCACUGAUCCA